UACGUCAGUUGAAACAGUGACCUGUGAGUUGGUGCGCUCGUUCGUAUCAGAAACAUUUCAAAAGUGUGUUAUUAUUUCUACGAGAACAGAAAUGACACGGCUGAGGAUAUUUAGUUUCAUCGGGGCGCUGCUGAUAACACAAAGCGCCGCCAUAUUCAGAGUGCCACUUCAUAAAACCAGGAGUCUGCGGCGCCUGAUGAGCGACAAUGGGAUGUCUGUGGAGGAGCUCCGGGCUUUAGCGAGGAGCACCGGAGCCCCGGACAGCUCACCCGCUGUGCCCGCAGAGAGGCUGACCAACUUCAUGGAUGCCCAGUACUACGGGGUGAUCAGCAUCGGCACCCCCCCGCAGGACUUCACUGUGCUGUUUGACACCGGCUCCUCCAACCUCUGGGUGCCCUCCAUCCACUGCUCUUUCUUUGACUUGGCCUGCUGGAUUCACCAUCGCUACAACUCGAAGAAGUCGAACACAUUCGUCAAGAACGGCACAGCGUUCUCCAUCCGGUACGGCCGAGGCAGCUUGUCUGGCUUCAUCAGUGGAGACACCGUCUCUAUUGCAGGGAUGCUUGUUCCUGGCCAGCAGUUUGGUGAAGCGGUGAAGCAGCCUGGCAUCACAUUCGCAGUGGCCCGGUUCGACGGGGUCUUGGGCAUGGCCUAUCCCUCCAUAUCAGUAGCCAAAGUCACCCCGGUGUUUGACACGGCCAUGGCGGCCAAGCUGCUGCCCCAGAACAUUUUCUCUUUCUACAUCAGCAGAGACCCAAAAGCAGCAGUAGGAGGAGAACUGAUGCUGGGUGGGACAGACCCCCAGCACUACACCGGAGACCUGCACUAUGUCAACGUCACCCGAAAGGCCUACUGGCAGAUCCAAGUGAGCGGAAUUGAUGUCGGCGACAAGCUGACUAUCUGCAAAGCCGGUUGCCAGGCUAUUGUCGACACCGGAACAUCCUUAAUUGUAGGUCCUGUGGAGGAAGUCAGAGCGCUGCACAAAGCCAUCGGAGCUCUGCCCCUGCUGAUGGGAGAGUACUGGAUCGACUGCAAGAGGAUCCCAUCCCUCCCCGCCAUCGCCUUCAACAUUGGAGGCAAGAUGUUCAACCUGACUGGAGAGGAUUAUAUCAUGAAGGAGACUCAGAUGGGUUCAUCGAUCUGUCUGUCGGGCUUCAUGGCCAUGGAUAUCCCGCCCCCCGCCGGGCCCCUGUGGAUCCUGGGAGACGUGUUCAUUGGGAAGUACUACACCGUGUUCGACCGGGCCGCCGACCGUGUGGGGUUUGCCCCGGCCAAGUAGUUCACUGAACACUGUGUGAAACAUGUUGCACUUCUCCUUUCUACCAGUAUUUGUGAUUUUUCUCAAGGUUGCACCGAGCAACGCUAAAUUUCGUCAUAAACGCCGUUAUUUCAUUUGCAGCAAUCGAAAGCAUCGAGUGGUUGCUGAACAUCACUGAAGAACCUGGCUUGCCACAUAAAUAUCUUGCAUUUGCUUGGAAUAAUGAGGUUUCCAUGAGAAUUUUAGCAAGGAGGGAGGCUGAUUUGUCCCACUGAGCAGUCCAUCGAGUCCUUAUUGAACCGCUUAACUCAGAUUCUUGCACUUGUCUGUGAAGUUGCUUUUGAUUUAAUCAGACCGAUGCAUUGUGACAUAUGUGCCGUUUACUUUUUGUAAUGUAGAUGCAUGGGCAGAAAUGCAAUUUAAUUUUGCGAUGGAAUUUUGUUUCAUUCCUAACAUUCCCAGUUGCCGUCUAAUGAUGGAUAUUAUAAUCGGAGCUGCUUUUGUACACCGGCGAUAUCUCAGCAAUGUGAAUUUUAUACCAAACGUCACUGAAUAAAACUUGAUUCGUCAAACUUUGAUUGGAUUUGUUAACUCUGAUCUUUCAUCAUGUAACAGUAAGUCUCACACUCGAUCCUUAAAUAAAAACCAAGCACAGAUGAAA